UCGCCCCGUGCCGCCAUGGCGGGGCAGCUGCGGCCCGUCUAUGAGGGGCGGUUCACUGACAGGUUUCCCGAGCUGUCGGCCGCCGGAAAGUUGCUUCCCACUGGCGAUACGGCUGCGAGUUGCCUCACUGAGGUUUUACCAAGGCCCAUUACUCCAGCUACUGUGCGAAAGUUUCGAAAUACAACAAAUCCAGCUCCUGGUGUUGAAAGAAUAUUCUACGGCAGAGCAGAUGAUCCUGACAUUGCAGCUCACUUGACGCAUGGCAUAGAGUCACAUUCUUCACUCAGUGCAGCUUCAUUGAUAAAUCCACUUCCUAAAACUAAUUUUCAACAAAAAAUACAAGACAAAAAAGAAGCAAUCUACUUUAGUAAUCGUCAGGCAUCCUUGGGCAGAUCACAUGAUCAAUCUUCUAUGUUACCUAAGGGCUUGGAUAUAAUUAAUACUACAUUUGGAACAAAAGUUAUCCAAGAUGUAUCAGCCGGAGAGCUUAUAAAUCCACCAAAAACCUUUGAGGAAGUGGAUAAAGAAUCCAGAGAAGGACAUGAUCUGUAUAUUGUGUCACACAAUGAUUAUUAUGUGGGGGAAGCAAUAAACAGGAAGUAUGAGUCACCACUCUUCAGCAAGUCUGAUGUUUAUGGAAUAAAAACCCCUCACUUUAAAGAUGGGCGAAGUGUAUCCAAAUGCUUAAAUUGGCUCUAUGAUCUGCAAUUGAAGAGAACAGCAAAAACCGUAUCAGAACAAAGUGAUGAUUUCAAGGACAAAUUUCAGCCUCAGCUUCGAAAAGUCCUUGAUCCUGUAGCAGAAACUUUGAAUGUUUCCCCAGGCCAUACAUUUGGAAUGUUAUGCCGUCCAGAUGAAUAUGGUGUUGGUGAUCUUCUUCACUGCCGGGUUCCAUGUGAGUUCCUCCGUGGUAAAGACAGAGCGCGAGCUGUCUUGGCUGCAGUUCGGCAAAGUUUGAAGAGAGUUAACUAUGAGAAUUUCGACAUAUUACUAGCAGCAUUCAGGCAUUAUGAUAAGAAUGGUGAUGGAAUGAUAGACAAGGAUGACCUGCGAAAGUCCUGUUUUCAGCUUAAUCUGAAUCUAGAUGAUGAGCUCCUGGAUUCCUUGUUUGACUGUUGCGAUUUGGAUAAAGAUGGUCUGAUUAAUUAUGUGGAGUUUGCAAACUUUCUGAACUGGAAAGACAAAAUGGCUGUUAAAGAGUUCGAAGAAAAAAUAAUUACAAAAGGGAAAAAACUAGAUGUUCCUGCUCUGCCUGAAGACACAAAGACAAACAAUGAGCCACUGCUGAAGCAGGAAGAUCUUGCAUUAAUAGAAUUGGGAAACUCAGAAAAGACACCAAAAACACUUACAAGAUCAACAGAUCAUGCAUUUGAAAAUUAUCAAACAACUUCUUCUCAGUAUAACGCUGUAGUAGGUGGUCUCCCAACAACCUGUUAUCCAGUGUGUGGUGUUCCAACUAUUCGUUCAGAUAUUCCUGCUCCUCGAAUUCGCCGCAUCAGUGACCGAACUAAUUAUGGAGAUGAGGCCAAUGCUUAUUCAUUAUUGUUCCCUUCUAUCUUCAGCCAAAAAGGAGUGUAUGAAAGUGACCUUUUUAAAGCAAGACCAAAGGCAGAGAUUGCACGAAUUCUCCGCAACAUUGGCAUGAACAUUUCAGAUGAAAGGUUUGAAGAGAUAUGGAAGCAAGCCUGUAUGAAAUAUCAGAAAGAAGAGGUUUGUGCAGAAAGCAUCAAGAAUGUACUGGAUGAAAUACAUGUGUCACACACAAAACCCAGUUGCUAAUUCUGGUCCUUGGGCACUGCAUUUACAUUUAUUUAAAUAGACAUCAGUCAUAAUUCUUAUGCUGAAUACAAUAAACAUUUAAAGUAAGGUGUGUUCACAGAACUUGAAUUCAUUGUUUAUUUUCUUUCUGAAUAGUGGGUUCACCACAUUGCAGUUAGUAGGAGCUAGUAUCUGUAAGAAUAAAAGAAGGCAAGCAUGUUUGUGAAUGGAGUUCAAGUAUUUAUCUUAUAGACUUUAUCUUUUUACAGGGUUUCUAAGUCUAAAUAAUAAUACUUUGAGCGUGGACACGUUUGCAUUUUUAAAUUUAUUUUUUGUCUUAUAAAUGGAAGGACAGUUUUGAAAGUACUUAAGCUAAAUGUUUCAGAUAUGCAAGACCUCUUAAAGAUUAUUAUCAUACAGUGGCAUCUUGCCUUGCUUCAAACGUUCCAUAAUUUCUUGUAAACAAAAUGGUAGCUAACACAGACCUGGCUGUGGUAAGUUAUUUGAUAUGUUUAAAAAUUCAUGUGAGAAAGUGCUUUACAUAAGAUACUAAGGAAACUACAUAGUCAUGGGGUGGGAUCUAAAGUGGUGUCAUGAAACAGACUCCAUAAGAACCAGUUGAUUAAGUAGUGCAAAAAUAAAUGCCCAAUUGUGUGGCAGAGGGCUCAUGUUCUUUAUGCAAGCUUAUGGCUGUUAGGUAGAGGUGUUCGGCUUUCACAGGCAAGAAAAAAGAAUGGGUGUUUAGUGGUGUAUGUGUAAAUUACCUAAAAAUACAGGCUAGGUUGUGAGAAAAGUUUGGGAGGGUUUUCAGGGAGCCAACUGUUCACCUGCGACCAAUGCAAUUUCUUGGGAAGAGGGAUCUUCAUAAAUGAAAAACACUUGAGGAGCACUAUGGAAAUCUCAAUGAAUAUAUAUGAAGUCCAAUAUGAAUAAAAAAUGGAAAGCAAAUAAUAUUAAAAUCUGCAUCUGUGAACUGGAAUGUUCACUGUUCACCUACAGUACUGAGCUUGGUAUAAAACAAAUGGAAAUUGUUUGGUAUUGACAGUGAGAAUGAUUACUUUUUCAAAUUAAUUGAAACGAAAAAUCCUUGCCCAAUGUAAUCUUAACAUACGGGAUUUCAGGAAGGAUAUAACUUUGUCACUUACCAGUGCUUUAAUACCUUAGUAAGAUUUGAAGGAUUAGAUAAUGUUGCCAGGCAAAAUUUUACUGAGUUCUACAAUGUAAGUGAAGGUUCCAUAUACCUUAAAUACUAGGAAUGCUUAAAAUUUCAUUGUAACUCUUUUCUCACUUGGCACUCACAUGAUUGCUGAGAUUCCUCUUUUGCCAGUGUUCUAGGAGCUUGUAAUUUCCUGCUUGUUAUGUGAGAUCCAAGCCAAACUCAUUUGUACAUUAUUAUUGUAGCAUUAAUAGUAGCUGUCUUACAUCAAGUAGAAAGAAUUUGCUCUCUGGUAUCUCCAGGGAGCAGAUGGUGGAAAUGCUGCAUUAUGAAGGCAGCUUCUUUCCUGCUAUGAAAGUAAGUUGUUCUGUGCUGUUGUUGCCUUGCCUUCCCACCCUUCUGGAACUCUGUGCAUGCACUGGGAAGCAUGCAGAAGGCAGACUGUUACUGUCCCAAGUGAAAUCAUGACAGAAAGAUGAAUGUACUGCUAAUUUCAAUUGAAUUUGUUAUGUCAGGAUUUCACUACCUCUAGUGAAAUUCUCUAAAGCUCCUCUUCUGCUCAUCCAGGGUGGGAGGGAAGAAUCCUUUACCUUUGUUGUGCUUACAAAGGCAUCAGGCACAAUUACUUCAAAAAAAGUAUAUUGUUUUCCUCCUUCAACAGAAAAUUUUAGAUGAAGCAUUUCAGCUCAUUUCAGGGAAAAAAUAAUUAAAAAAACCAAACCUAGAUCUCUGUGUGUGUGUAUAUAUAAAAAUAUAUACAAGAGAUCUGUUGUGUUUGUGCAGCAGCUGAAAAUUCUGUGUAGCUUAUUUUUUUAACCUACUGUGAAGAUACCCACUUUCAUUCCUCUACUCUCAGUAGAAUCUUUUCCUUUGUCACUGAAAUGGAAUUAACAUUGUUCUUGGGUAGUCUGCUGAAUAAGUCAAGAAUAAAGAAGACUGGUAAAUCAUAGUUUAGUUUUUUGCCAGUAUGUUUCUAACCACAGACUAAAGGUUUGUUUUUGAGCUUGGGUUUGAAAUGAACUGGAAGUGUUGUUCACCUAAACUUACCUCUUCUGAAGCUUUAAAGGAUUAAUCACUAAACAGAGCUGUAAAUCCUACCUGUAGGUGCUUGUUUUUUUAUCACAGUAUACAUAUGAGGCCUCUGAAAGAUUUAAUCUCUGUGACACAGUUACUUCUGUGGAAUUUCCCAAUCCCUUUGUUUUCUUCUGUUAAAUGCUUUAUGUAGAGAGUCUUGCUGCAGAUUUUUGUAUUUCGUUUCUCUUUGACUUCCCAACAUGUAUAAGGUCAAUGACAUAUUGAUAGGCUUUAGAGCUGCAAGUUGUGUUCUGUGAUUUUUAUGUUUACUUUAAUAUAUUCCAAUUGACAGAAAAAAAAAAACUUUGCUUUUGUUGAUAUUGCAGCAUGGUUGCCUUUAUCUAGGUACAGAGUUGAUUUAACUAGGACAGCAUGCUACCUUUCACUAACCUGUGGGCUGUAUCUGAGGCAAAGUUUUCCAGAAAAGGUUAGCAAAACAACCUUCACUAUGACUCAAAAGCCGUGCAUUCUAAGAGCAAACAUAAAAAUUUAGCUCCUAAGUGAAUUUAUUCUGUUAACAGUUAUAUUACAAAAUCACAGAGAUUUUAAAUAUGUUGACUAAGGCUUUGUCGACAAAACUAGUAAAUGGCAAAUUCUGACAAAGGUAAAUGUUUUGGUAAAAAUCAAUGAGUUCUAGACAUUUUGGGCUAAAUUCUUUUUCAGAGAGUUUUCAUAAAAACAGGCACUGGGUAAAAGAAACAGCACAUUCUGAUAUUUGUGCACUAUUUCUCCAUUAAUCUUUGUUUCACUACAGUAAAUAUUCCAAAGAAUAGCAUAUUUAAUAAUUACGCAUUUUUAAUUGGUUCUGUCAAAUGCAUUGAACUCCUCUUAAGUUCUGUUAGCACAGAUAAGCGUGCAGCUAAUAUGACUUAUUUGGCUGUGACUUGUGCUACGUAAAGCAGAUGUUGGACUCAAUUACUCUUUUUACUGUUAUCUAAUGGAAAAAUUAAUCUGUGCAAUGACUUGUGUUUGAGAUGCUGGAAGACCCAGCCACUUUCAUCCAUAAAAAUGUACGUACAAAUAGAUGUAGACCUUGCCUUGAUAUUAUUACCAUAUAACUUUAAUACAUGUCCUAAAAAGAUUAAAUAUUCUU